AUGGCAAGCUGGAGCUCCUUCUAUCUCCUACUCAGUUGUUGCGCGGCUAUCGCUUUGCCAGUGAUCCUGCUCAAAGCUCUGCUCAACAAGUACCGCAAUGGUCUCAGCGAUAUUCCGGGGCCAACGUGGGCUGCAUACACUGGGCUCUGGCGCCUUCACAACGUCUCCAAAGGGCAAGCCCACUUGACUUCGAUCGCUUUGCAUCGAAAGUACGGCAAACUCGUGCGGAUUGCCCCCAAUGUUGUGUCUGUUGGGGAUGCCAACGAGGUUGCUCGCAUAUACACCGUUAAGGGCGACUUCACCAAAUCAGCUUUCUACCCCAUCCAAUGUAUUACGUGGCACAAGAAGCCACAAAUGAACCUUUUCAGCACGCGUGAUGAGACACAGCACAGAGAACAGAAGAAGAAGAUUGCCAAUGCCUACACACUGGAAUCUUUGCUGAAGAUGGAACCCGCUAUUGACGAAUGUUCGAAAUUGCUGCUCGACAAGAUGCAUGAAUACGCCGAUCGAAAGGAAGCCUUCGAUCUGGGCACAUGGUUGCAAUAUUACACAUUUGACGUAAUAGGUGAGGUGACCUUCGAGAAGAAGCUCGGCUUUCUCGAACUCGGAGGUGAUGUGGACGGUAUGAUCGCAGCAAUUGAGGGCCUGCUUCUGUACGCAUCCCACUGCGGCCAGGUGCCUGAAUGGCAUCCUCGAUUGUUGGGAAAUCCACUUCUGCCCGUCCUGCUACCCCAGAUGGAGCAAUGGAAUGAGGUCUUGAACUUCACCCUCAAAGCGAUCAAUACGCGGACCGUCAUCGCAAAGAAUGGGGAGUUGGCGCUUGAAGAAGGACGCGUCGGCAACGACAUGCUCUCGAAGUGGGCUGCAGUCAAAUCGUUUGACCCCGACAAAAUGUCAACCAUUGAUGUCGUAGUGGCCCUGAGUACGAACGUGUUCGCCGGCAGCGAUACAACCGCUAUAGCGCUCCGGGCGAUUCUCUACUUCCUGAUGAAGAAUCCUGACAAGAUGCAGAAGCUGCAGGCAGAGAUUGAUGCAGCAGACAAGGCAGGCUUGCUCAGCAACCCAAUCAGCGACAAAGAAGCACGGAAUCUGCCGUACCUCCUGGCGGUCGAAAAGGAAGCGAUGCGUCUCCAUUCCUCUGUUGGUCUGCUGCUUGAGCGCCACGUCCCCAAAGGAGGAACAUCGAUAUGCGAUCAUUUCAUACCGGAAGGUACGAUAGUCGGCAUCAAUCCUUGGGUCCUACAUUACAAUGCCGACGUAUUUCCGGACCCUGACGCCUUUCAUCCUGAAAGAUGGCUCGAUGCCGAACCCAGCAAGCUCGCCGUCAUGGAAAAGCAUUUCUUCAACUUUGGGAGUGGCAGCCGCCAGUGCAUUGGCCGCAACAUCAGCUUGGUCGAGAUGCGGAAGCUGAUACCGCAGCUUCUUCGGGAAUUCGACGUCAGCUUGCAGAACGGAGAGUGGAAGGUCUCCAAUGUGUGGUUUACGCAGCAGAAAAUGCCGCUAUGUGUGCUCCGAAGACGGCACUGA